AUGACGGGUGUAGAGGCGGCCGGAUCAGGUAGUCUCAUCAUCGAGUCUUGUGUGAUUUCUUCUAGGUUAGUUAGAACCUCAAUAGUGUGUACUAGGUGUUUGAUUGAGGUUGAGGGACACAAGUAUAGGGUAAACCUUAUCUGUUUACCUCUAGAUGGGUUAGAUAUAAUCUUGGGAAUGGAUUGGCUAUCUGCCAAUCGCAUUCUCAUUGAUUGCAACGAGAAAAAAGUGUUGUUUCCUAACUUGGAAGAUGAAGAUCUAAAUAUUGAAACACUUGUGGUAAGGGACUUCUCAUAUGUGUUCCUUGAGGACGUGCCUGGCUUACCCCCUUCUGGGGAGAUAGAGUUCUCCAUUGAUCUGGUGUCGGAAGCAGGGCCAGUGUCUAUAACACCCUACCGAAUGGCUCUUGUUGAACUAGUUGAGCUGAAGAAACAGAUCGAAGAGCUGCUAGAAAAAUAG